UUCUCUCCAGGCUUAGCAGCUGCUCUGCACUGAAGUAGACACACACUUAGACAGCAGCCUUGACAAAGCCCAUGCAGAAGGUUUCAGUGUUUUAAGCCAAGAGGCGUGUGGGCUUUCCAAAGAGGUUUGAAACUCCCCCGGGGGCAGCCGAGCCCCGGGCCCGCUGGGGACUCCAUUUCCCAGCACCGGCGAGAGAAGGGCCGGGCCGGGCCGGGCCGGGAAGGGCCGGGCGGGGCCGCUGCGGGCGGGGCCGGGGCUGCCGUGAGCCCGGGGCCCGGGACGAGGCGGCCAUGGCCACCAGCCCCGCGCGCGCUGGGGGCCUUGGGCGCGAGGGCGCCCCGUGUCGCGGCCACGGGACGCGGAGCGGCGGCGGUUGGUGCGGCCGGUGCGGUCGGUGCCGUUUGUGCGGUUGGUGCGGUCGCUGCGGUUGGUGCCGCGGCGGCUGCUCCGUCCUGCAGCAUCGCGGGAGGUGCUGUUCAUCCCGGCGACUUGUGCGUUUGGAGACUUCGGUUGACGCCUUGAGCUACUGGAGAGUGUGCAGAGAAGAGCAAGAGAGCUGGUCGGCGUGUGGACGCGACCAAGGAUCUUCGGUCCCCCCCUGGGGGUUGACAUUGGAGGAAUCUGCGGAGAGACCGUCUUGAGCAAGGGAAAGCCCGGCUCUUGCGAUGGCUACGCAAGCCAAGAGAGGUUUAAGUGGUAAGUACACUGGCCUGGUCUCCUUUCACUGUGCGUAGGUGCUUUGGUCUGCUGGGAACGCCUGGGGUGGAGGAGGGGGACACUGGGAUGAGGUGGCAGCCCUGUUCUGAUGACAUGGUCAUUACUGCUGGAGGAGAGCAAGUUCCUUUUAGUGUGCAUGGUUGUUCAGGGCUGCUCUGAGUUUGUGUGUUGCCUGAAGCCACAAUCCCAGCCCUGCAAGCACUGUGCUGUCCUGUUGCUUUAAACCAGGCUGUUAAGAAAGUGUUUUUUUUCCUGCCUGGAGCAGAAACGUGCAGAGAGCUGGAGAAGCUGGGAGAAGUUUUGACGUGCCUUCCCUUUCCACCUCUGUUUUAUAGCCUCUGGGGUGCUGUGGGGAAGUAGUUGCCUGCUAAAGUGCUGCAAGAAAAGAGAAUCACCUCAGCUCUUGUGCUUGUGUCUUGUUUCCAGCCACAGCCUCAAGAUGAGAACCUUUAGCUCGUUUGACUUGUACAGAAAGCACGAGGAUGGCAUGACCCCGGCAGGGCUGGCGUUUUUCCAGUGCCAGUGGGACAGCUGCGUUUCCUGGGUCUCCCAUCAGCUCCUCAAUAUGAGAGAGCCCGUGUUUGAAUUUGUGCGGCCGCCUGUUUACCAUCCUCCCCAGGUGAAGUUCCCACGCCACCAGCCCCUGAGGUACCUGGACAGGUACCGAGACAGCAAGGAGCCCACCUACGGCAUUUACUAGGGCUGGGCCUCCCCUCGAGGUGCUCAGCUCUGCGCUGGCUGGAAGGGCUGGGCUUAUCCUUCCUUGGAAAAAUCAUUAAAUGAACCCAGAUCAAGUAUUCAGUGCUCCUUUCAUUGAGCCUUUCCCUUCUAUACUGCCCCAGGAUGCGUUUUUGCAGAGCUAGAAGCUGACCUGCAUUUGUUCCUGUUAAAGGCAGCAACUCCUUUGCCAUCCCAGCCCUCCAGGAACCGGGUCUUGGAGGAAAACACCCAAACUGCAGCACAACCUGGCAGCAAAAACCACGGGGAAAAUCCAGUUUUCCUCAAGGGCCCCAAAUCCCUAACCCCAGCAACCUUUCCUGCUGACACUGCUGGGUUUCUGUGCUGUGUUCCCCAGAAUAAGGCUCAAGGGAGCUGCUGGGGAAAAUGGCAGCCAGAGGGGUUGGUGUCCCAAUGCGUGACAACCUUUGCUGUUAAGCAGUUCCCCAGAUCCAACCUCAACCUCCUCUGGUGCAACUUGAGGCCGUUUCCUCUGCUCCUGGCGCUUGUUCCUGGGGAGCAGAGCCCGACCCCCCUGGCUCCAAGCUCCUUUCAGGCAGUUCAGAGAUCAGAAGGUCUCCCCUCAGCUCCUGUUCUCCAGCUGAACCCCCAGGUCCCUCAGCCGCUCCCAUCACACUUGUUCUCCAGCCCCUCACCAGCUCCUUUCUCUUCUCUCCACUCGCUCCAGCACCUCAAGGAAUUUCUUGGCAUGAGGGGCCCAAAACUGCCCCAAGUAUUUGAGGUUUGGCUUCCCCAGUACCCAGUCCAUGGGUCGGUCACUGCCCUGGUCCUGCUGUCCAUGGGGCUGUGUGGUUCUGCAGGGGCUGGAUGGGACAAAUCCCCAACAUUCGGUGUCAGGAUGAGGCUUCCCGGGCUCAGGCCAGGUUGGGGUCACUCCGGGGAGGGUUUGUUGCCAGCAGCAGGCAGACAGGAGUGUGUCGGGGCUGUGAUGCCAGGUACUGGGCAGGUCCCUUUGCAAACCCCACAGCGUCUGGUGGGAAAACAGAGAUUGGAGAGGGGUUUGGGCCGUACCCAGUUCUUUGGUGUUUGAUAAGCAUUCGCCAUGUCCAAUGACCGGACUGAAAUUCCUGAUCAUCUGGAGGAUGAGCAGUUCCCAUCCACCCUCAUGGGGAAGAGGCAACAUCCCAGCUGGGGGGCACCAGCAGCUCCAGACCGUGGCAGCUCCGCAGAGGCCGUCUCGGGGCUUUUUUCAGUGCACCCUGGAGUUCGUGGUGGUUGUUUUUAUUAGGGUGUCUGAUUGUAUUUUGAAUCUUGGCAUGGCCUGCAGUGACCUGCGACGAAAAAUGAGGUGUCACCAGCUACAAUGUAGCUCUCAAAAGACAUCCUUCUGCUUGAUGAACCGCAGGGAAAGGCAUCCUAAACCAGGCACCUUGACCUUGUUUUCAGCCCAGGUUCCCAGUGCUGGUGCACACGGGAGCCAGUCACUGCACAUCUGCCACCAAGGGGAAUCGCCUCCGAGGCCAACUGUGCCAUGGGGAAAGGAAAGGGUUAAACAUCAGAAGAGUUUGAUUUAGUACACAACACGGAUAAAGGCAUUCUCUCUGCCAUUAAAACUGAGGGUAUUUAAUUCAGUAAAGUGAGAUUUCAUUCCCCAUGACUUGGCUGGUUGUAUUUUGAAUCUGGGCACGGGCUGCAGUGACCUGCAACGAAAUACGAGGUGUCACCAGCUACAAUGUAGGUGUUAAAGUGGGAAAGGCAGGAGGGAGCCUCAGCAUCUCCCAUCCCGUGGGUGACUUCAUCACAAAGGACCAGGGCGGCACCCGCUGGCUCCUGGGGCGGCUGUUGCCGGGCAACAGAGACACUAUAUUGUCCCCUGUCACCUGUGCCCCUCGCCCAUUUGGUCACUGGCCGUGGUGGGAUCACUUGCCGUGGUGGGAUCACUGUGGUGGUGGACUCAUUUUGGCAGUUGGACCACUUUUGGUGGUGGGAUCACAUUUGGUGGUUGCAUCACUUUUGGUGUUGGGAUCACAUUUGGUGGUUGCAUCACUUUUGGUGUUGGGAUCACAUUUGGUGGUUGCAUCACUUUUGGUGUUGGGAUCACUUUUGGUGGUUGAACCGCUUUUCGUGGUUUGAUCACUUUCGGCACUUGGAUCGCUUUGGUGACUGGAUCGCUUUCAUCACUCGGAUUGCUUUUGGAACUUGGAUCUGUUUUGGUGACUGAUCGCUUUCUGUGGCAAGAAGGAGCAGGAGAAAGGCUGCUGGCUGUCCAUCCCUCCAAGAUCACCUCCGGACAGAAAAGCUCCUGUCUCCCUACUUCGGGUUCAGUGUUUUCACGCAGAACAGCAGCGAUGGCCACACGCAGUCUGUUGGAAAUGCUGGACGCUGCCAUCGGGACACCCCAAGUUGGGGUUGUGGAUUUCGUGGCGCUCCACAAGCUGCUGAAAGCCAUGAUCAUCGGGCAGCAGGGUCAGCAGGAGGUGCAGUGCGGCCUGGCAGAGGACAUGCGGGCCAUGCAGAAGGCGCACUCUGGCAUGGCAGAGGACAUGCAGGAGAUGAAGGAGGCGAUGCAGGAGGCACAUUCUGGAAUGGCACAGGACAUCCAGGAGAUGAAGGAGGCGCAUGUCGGCCUGGCAGAGGACAUGCAUGCCCUGCAGGAGGCGCAUUCCGGCCUGGCCGAGGACAUCCAGGAGAUCCAGGAGACACUUGGCCUGGAGGGCGGUGGGGGCCAGUCUGCCCCCUCCGAGCCCACCCAGGUGGCCAUGGACAGCCAGGCCAGGAAGAGCUCAGCACUGGGGCCGAAGGGACGUGGAACACAGCCUGGGAUGGAGACCGGCAAGGGGACUGCAGGGUCUGGCUCCCUGGGGAUGCAAGCAGGGACACAGGGGCAACCAGCGACCCCUGUGAAGUUGUCAGGCGCUCCCUCUGAUCACACGAGGUCUAUUGGUGCUGGCGCCACCACCCCGGGGAUGCAGCCAGGAUCACGGGGCACCCAGGCCACCACCCACCUGGGGACACAGCCAGGGGCCCCUGACACCCAGGCCAGCACCUCAGGGAUGCAGCCAGGAUCCCCUGGGACCCACACCACCACCCCUGGGGUGCAGCCUGCGUCCUCCAGAUCCCAAGCCACCAUCCCAGGCGAUGCCCAAGAGCCGGCCAAGCCCUGGGGCUCCACCAGCACCUCCAGCUACGAGUCGGAGAUGCGGGAGGUUCUCUCACAGGUUGGGCAGCUCGGCAACGUCUACGCUGGUCUGAAGGAGGAGGUGGAACAGCUUAAAUCUACAAAAGCAGAACGUGCGGAUCUUGAGAACGUGCGCCAGCUUUUCCCAAAGGGAGGUCGGCAGAGCAUCACCAGCAUCCUGUCUGACCUCAAGUGCCAGAUGUCCUUCCUGCAGGACAUGGCCAGGGCCCUCCACGGGGAGGAGGAGAAGGUGAGCCGGCAGCAGUCCCCGAGGGGCUGCGGGGAUGCCAGUUUGGGCAGGGAGGGGGCAGCCGAAGGGUCCCCGUGCCGGAAUGACACAGGGGGCUGUGCACUCACCGCCCCCACUGCCGUUCCCAGAUCAGCAAGGUGGAGGAUGCUCCCAGAAAGAUGAGGGGGGCUGGAGCCGCCAGAAAAGCCGACGGCAGCGGCCAGAUGACCCGACAGCCGCGGUAAAAGGAUGGGAGAGGGUUUCCUACCC